UCACAAUGAAGUACAUGGUUGAUUAUGAUUACCAAGAUAAUCGCCUCUGUACAGAACUAUUAAGUCUGUUGUAUACAGGUAAUUCUAAAGCUAUAAUCCUUUCAUAGAUUUCUAAUACACAUGCAAUGUUCACAACGGGAAUUCCUCACUGCUGUUCAAAGGUGGAGUGUCAAAGCCCGGAUAAGAUGCAAAACGUGUUCUUUUCACUGUAUUAUUUGAGCUGGAUCUACCAUGUUCCCACAUUCUAUUCAGGAUUAGUGCAGUUGCAUUACUUAAUCGGUUUAAUCGGCGUUUACUGACAGACUGUCCAAGAAAUAUAGACUGAGAUUCGGAUGGAUGGGCACGUUCAGGGCAAAGGCUAGCCAGGACUAGACUGAAGGUAGUUCCCAUAAGUGAAUGACCUGAACACACAUACGUGGAGGACCUGAACACACAUAAGUGAAUAACCUGAACACACAUACGUGGAGGACCUGAAAACACAUACGUGGAAGACCUGAACACACAUACGUGGAUGACCUGAACACACAUACGUUGAGGACCUGAACAUACAUACGUGGAGGAUGUGAACACACAUACGUGGAGGACCUUAACACACAUCCUGAACACACAUACGUGGAGGACCUGAACAUACACACGUGGAGGAUAUGAACACACAUACGUAGAGGACCUAAACACACAUACGUGGAGGACCUGAACACACAUACGUGGAGGACCUGAACACACAUACGUGGAGAAUCUGAACACACAUACGUGGAGGACCUGAACACACAUACGUGGAAGACCUGAACACACAUACAUUAAUGACCUGAACACACAUACGUGGAGAACCUGAACACACAUACGUGGAGGACCUGAACACACAUACAUUAAUGACCUAAACACACAUACGUGGAGAAUCUGAACACACAUACGUGGAUGACCUGAACACACAUACGUGGAAGACCUGAACACACAUACAUUAAUGACCUGAACACACAUACGUGGAGAACCUGAACACACAUACGUGGAGGACCUGAACACACAUACGUGGAGGACCUGAACACACAUACGUAGAGAACCUGAACACACAUACGUGGAGGAACUGAACACACAUACGUAGAGGACCUGAACACACAUGCGUGGAGGACCUAAACACACAUACGUGGAAGACCUGAACAUACAUACAUGAAUGACCUAAACACACAUACGUGGAGGACCUGAACACACGUACGUGGAGGACCUGAACACACAUACAUAAAAGUGCAUCUGAAGAGCACACAAUGAAGUGAACGCGUGCCUCGAGUGGUUCAAUGAAGAAUCUGACAAUGCUGCAGAGGAAGCCGAGACAAGACCCCGCGGUGCGUGACUUCUUCCAGGCGGUGAGGACGCGGAACCACAAGAAGGUGAGGAUGAUGCUGAAGAACAAGACCGUGCAGGACCCGGAUGUUAGGGACGUGGAGGAUCCGCUGCGACCCACGGCGUUGUUGGUGGCUAGUGAGAUCGACGACGAGGAGACAGCGUGGCUACUGCUGAAACCCAAGAACAAACCAGCUGACGUUAACGCUGAAACUGUUCGAGGGAGGAGGGCGAUCUGGUGGGCGGCCAAACACGGGAGCGAGAAGCUGGCAGAAGCUCUACUCAGGAAGCCUGGGUGUGAGGUGAACGAGUUGGACAAGGAGACAGGUUGUGCGCCACUUUAUCGAGCGAUCAUCAGCAACUCGGACGCUGUGGUCCAGCUUCUCAUCCACAAUGGAGCAGACGUCAACAUGCGCAGACUCGGCUUCGGCGUCGGAGCAGAAACUCCGCUGAUCAAGGCCGUUCAGUUGAACAACAAAGCAAUUUGUGAAUGCCUAAUCAACUCCCUGUGCAACAUCCAGGCAAGAACAGACAACAACAUGAACGCCCUCCACUACGCCGUGGCAUACCGGCGCUACGACAUCUGCGAGGUGCUUUUAGAGAACCAGAUCAAGAUCCAUGCCAAGAGCACCCAUGGCGUUACAGCAAUGACGAUCGCCAUCGAACAUCACAAUGCAGCAAUGGUCAAGAUACUCAUUCAAUACGGCUACAAGAUUGACAAGAAAUACAAAUGGAAGGAGACGCCAUUAGAGCAGGCAAUAAAGCUCCAUAGUGAGGCUUGUGCAAUUACUCUUGUUCACGCCGGAUGUAGCAUAGACACUCUGCGUGGGAAGCCAUCUUUCUUCUACAUGGCACUAAACGAAAAACUAUUUUCCUUAGUGAAGCUUUUAGUGGACUUAAGGCCAUCCUUCCUCAACGAAAGCUGGAUCUGGUCGAGACAAUGGCCUGUUGCAAUAUUUCAGAUGCCCGAAGUGUGUGUUUGGUUGACUAACGAGAGCCGCAAGCCAAGGAGUUUGAAGUCAAUGUGCAGGGGGAAAAUAUUCAAAAUGCUUGGAAGAUAUCCUAGUUCCAAAUCAGACAAACUGCCAAUACCUGACGGACUUAAAGAAUUCCUUAAGUAUAACCACCAUAUUAGAGAAGAGUUUUAUUGUCAAAUUCCGUUGGAUAUUCAAGAAUGCCCAUUCGAUUGUCCUUCCGGCUGUCCCAUCAAGUACUGUCCCCCUCUCGACAUCCCAUCAUCAGACUCAGACGGGAUUGAUUUCUGAACAGUUUGGGGUUGUUUUCCACUACUUAUACAACUUGAUGGACAGCUCAAAGUGUAGUCGACCGCCUCUGUGAUCUAUUGGAUAGAGUGACGAGAUCAGAUAUAUUUUUUUCAGACACAGCUACAAAACCACAUAUUUAUUUUUAUCUAAAAUCAUGAGCCUUAUAUUUUUGUGGAUUUCGGAUUUGUUAACAGUCUGAAGCACAUUAUUUUUCUCUUCUGAAUUUACGGGGACAAUUUAUUUUUUCGAUACAAUCCGACAAUAUUUGGCAAAAUGUCCACACAAAUCUAAUUAAACACAACAACGUCAUUGUUCGGGUUAGACUCUCAUUCGAUGUGUUUCGAGAUGCAGUGAAGAUGUGAUCAUCGGUUUUAAUCUGACAUAUGCAUGGUACGUUCUGUUUGUUUGUUUGUUUGUUUGUUGUUUAACGCCGCACUCAGCAAUGUUCCAGCUAUAUGACGACAGUCUGUAAAUAAUCGAGUCUGGACCAGACAAUCCAGUGGUUGACAU